GAGAAAUAUUUCCACCCACCCAACAACGACAUAAAGGGCCAGCAGACAGAGAGACACUCAGUAAGACACAGGAUCUUAGGCCAGCAGCAGUUCAGACACUAGAGACAGACUUCCAUUGACUGAAAGAAGAUGUUUUAGUAAAGGCAAGCCAAUUUAAAUUAAUAAACAGAGUGACCCUGCUGCAGCCACCCAUCAUACAGACAGGAGCUAACUACCACUGACUAGAGGAAAAGUCCACACACUCUGUAGUUACUUACUGAGCCACGCUAUAGACAAAAGUGUGACCAACCGGUGAGCAUCAGUGAGGAAGGAGCACAGAGUGGAUGGAUGCCUUUUGCAGACUCAGUGGCCUGGACCCUUUGUGGGACUGGAACCGGACCUGGUACACAGCAAACCCAGACCUGACGCAGUGCUUUCAAAACACAGUGCUGGUGUGGGUGCCCUGUUUCUACCUCUGGCUCCUGGCACCUUUCUACUGCCUUCACCUCUACUGCCAUGACAGCGGACGCAUUAGGAUGUCGGGCCUCUGCACAGCCAAGAUGGUUUUGGGGUUUUUGCUGGCUUCCUUUGGUUUUGUGGAGUUCUUCUACAUCCUGUUGGAGAGGAGCCAGGAGAUCCAGCAGCACAUGGUCUUUCUGCUCAGCCCCAUCAUUCGCAGCAUGACAGUUAUUUUGGCCUUGUGCAUCAUCCAGCUGGAGCGGAUUCGGGGCUGUCGCUCCUCCGUGUUUCUCUUCCUCUUCUGGGUCUUGGCAGUCGUCUGUUCCCUUGUGCCUCUCAGAGCUAAGAUCCAAUUGGCUUUGGAUGAGGGGAUUGCCUCAGAUAUUGUGAGAUACCUUGCUUUCUUCUCCUAUUUCACAAUCCAACUGGCUGAGUUGUUCUUGUGCUGUUUCGCUGACCAGCCUCCGGAGGGAAAAAACAUUUUGGAAAAGAAUCCUUGUCCCGUGAAGGAUGCCUCCUUCCUGUCAAAGAUCCUCUUCUGGUGGUUCACAGGGCUCGUGGUGAAAGGAUACAGAACUCCUCUGGCGGCUGAAGACUUGUGGACUCUCAGAGAAGAGGAUACGUCACAGAAGAUCAUCUCAGAGCUGCAGCAGGAGUGGACCGCCGAGUGCGCCAAACUGCAGAGACAGGAGAAGGCCUUGGCGUCUGGUGUGGCGCUGGGUAGCCGUUUGCCCGACCAAGCUCAGUUGCUACGGAAGCUGCAGAAGGAGCAGAGUUCAGGCUUCUUUCUGCUCAGGACCCUCGCAAGAAAGUUUGGUUCAUAUUUUCUCACGGGGACCCUGUGUAUCAUCUUCCACGACGCCUUCAUGUUCGCCAUUCCACAGGUGCUGAGUCUCCUUCUGAGUUUUAUGAAAGACGAGGACGCUCCCCUGUGGAAAGGCUACUUCUACGCCACUCUGAUGUUCCUGCUCUCCUGUCUCCAGUCUCUGUUCAACCACCAAUACAUGUACACAUGCUUCACUGUGGGAAUGAGAGUCAAGACCGCCGUUAUGGGCCUGGUAUACAGAAAGUCUCUGGUGAUAAAUAGCUCUGCCAGGAGGACGUGCACUGUGGGCGAAAUCGUCAAUCUGGUUUCAGCCGACACUCAGAAACUCAUGGACUUUGUGGUCUAUUUCAAUGCAGUUUGGCUGGCUCCUAUUGAAAUUGCUCUUUGUCUCUUCUUCCUCUGGCAGCAUCUGGGACCAUCAGCCUUGGCAGGAAUAGCCACUGUCAUCCUUAUCUUUCCACUAAAUGGCUUCAUUGCAAAGAAGAGGAGUAAGCUGCAGGAGGUCCAAAUGAAGUUUAUGGAUGGCCGCAUCAGACUGAUGAAUGAGAUUUUAAAUGGAAUAAAAAUCUUGAAGUUUUAUGCUUGGGAGAAGGCUUUCCUUGAACAAGUUUUGGGCUAUAGAGAAAAGGAGCUCAAAGCUUUGAAGAAGUCGCAGAUCCUUUAUUCAAUUUCCAUCGCCUCUUUUAACUCCUCAUCUUUCCUGAUUGCCUUUGCCAUGUUUGGUGUCUAUGUGACAAUUGAUGCCAGAAAUGUCCUGGAUGCACAGAAAGUGUUUGUGUCCAUGGCUCUCAUCAACAUCCUGAAGACACCACUGAGCCAGCUGCCCUUUGCCAUAAGCACAUCCAUGCAAGCCAUGGUCUCCUUGCGCCGCCUGGGAAAGUACCUGUGUUCAGAAGAGCUCAAACCGGACAAUGUCUCAAAGGCUUCAUUGACUUCUGAUGCAGAGCAAGUCGUCAUAGAAAAUGGUACCUUUAGUUGGUCUGCAGAGGGUCAACCAUGUCUGAAAAGGAUAAACGUUCGUGUCCCGCGUGGCUCUCUUGUUGCCGUAGUGGGAAAUGUGGGCAGUGGAAAGUCAUCUUUGUUGUCAGCCAUGCUCGGUGAAACAGAGAAGAGAAAUGGUAGUGUCACUGUAAAGGGCUCAGUGGCCUAUGUACCACAGCAGGCUUGGAUCCAGAAUGCCACAGUCCAGGACAACAUCACAUUUGGACGAGAGAAACUGAAAACAUGGUACAACCGAGUGCUGGAAGCUUGUGCCCUGCUGCCCGACCUCGACAUACUGCCCGCCGGAGACGCCACUGAGAUCGGAGAGAAGGGACUGAAUCUUUCGGGCGGUCAAAAGCAGCGUGUUAGCCUGGCCAGAGCCGUUUAUAGAAAGGCUGAUGUCUACCUCCUAGAUGACCCUCUGUCUGCUGUUGACGCACACGUGGGACAACACAUUUUUGAUAAGGUCAUUGGGCCCAAAGGAGUUCUCCGAGACAAGACCCGUGUUCUAGUGACCCAUGGGAUGAGCUUCCUGCCGCAGGCCGACCUCAUUCUGGUCCUGGUCGACGGAGAGAUCACGGAGAGCGGGUCGUACCAGGAGCUCCUCAGCCGCAACGGGGCCUUCGCCGAAUUCAUUCGCACCUUUGCCACCAACACAGAGAGGAAAGAAAGUGUCAUGCAAAGAGCUGGUUCCAGGAGAUCUAAUGCACGACUCAGCAUGAUUGAUUUUAUGCCGUUUUCGAGAGACCUGUCACAAGAGCAGCUCAUUGGGGGAGACACCACUAAUACAAACCUGCAGAAUAUGGAGCCUGUGUCGGAAAUUGAUCAGGAGCAGAUACCAGAAGAUCUUGGAAAACUAACAGAGGCCGACAAGGCCUUCACCGGACGGGUGAAAUUGGAAAUGUAUAAGAAGUACUUCAAGACCAUUGGACUGGCUCUCAUCAUCCCUAUAGUAUUCUUGUAUGCCUUCCAACAAGGAGCCUCCUUGGCCUAUAACUAUUGGCUCAGUAUGUGGGCGGACGACCCUGUUGUGAAUGGCACUCAGAUCGACACAGACCUGAAGCUGACUGUUUUUGGAGCACUUGGCUUUGCACAAGGAAUUGCCAUUUUUGGUACAACUGUGGCUAUCUCCAUCUGUGGUAUCAUUGCCUCUCGUCAUCUGCACACGGACCUCCUCAUAAACGUGCUGCGCUCCCCCAUGUCCUUCUUCGAGAGCACGCCCAGUGGAAACCUCCUCAACCGUUUCGCCAAAGAGAUUGAUGCCAUCGACUGCAUGGUCCCAGAGGGUCUGAAGAUGAUGCUGAGCUAUGUGUUCAAACUCAUGGAGGUCUGCAUCAUUGUGCUGAUGGCCACACCCUUUGCUGCAGUCAUCAUUCUGCCACUGUCUUUCCUCUACGCAUGUGUCCAGAGCUUCUACGUUGCCACAUCCUGUCAGCUGCGGCGGCUGGAGGCCGUGAGCCGAUCUCCCAUCUACACUCACUUCAAUGAGACAGUGCAAGGUGCCAGUGUGAUCCGCGCAUUUGGGGAACAGCCACGCUUUAUUCUGCAGGCCAACGAGAGAGUGGACUUCAAUCAGACCUCCUACUUUCCAAGAUUUGUAGCCACCCGGUGGCUGGCAGUCAAUCUGGAGUUUGUUGGAAAUGGUGUGGUCUUAGCUGCUUCUAUACUCUCUGUAAUGGGAAAAAGUACCUUAAGUCCAGGCAUUGUUGGGUUGGCAGUCUCACACUCCCUCCAGGUGACGGGUAUCUUGAGUUGGAUCGUGAGGUCUUGGACGGAUGUGGAAAACAACAUAGUUUCAGUGGAGAGAGUCAAUGAGUACGCUGAUACUGCCAAGGAGGCAAGUUGGACUAUUGAGGGCAGCUCUUUGCCACUGGCUUGGCCCCAAAAAGGCACGAUUGAAUUCCAGGAUUAUGGGCUGCAGUACCGGAAAGGCUUGGAGUUGGCUCUGAAAGGAAUCACUCUAAAUGUCCAAGAAAGAGAAAAGGUUGGGAUUGUGGGCAGGACUGGAGCAGGGAAGUCCUCACUUGCCCUGGGAAUAUUUCGGAUUUUAGAAGCUGCAAAAGGAAAGAUCUUUGUGGAUGGAGUCAACAUUGCUGACAUUGGACUGCAUGACCUCCGCUCACGCAUUACCAUCAUUCCUCAGGACCCUGUGCUUUUUUCUGGAUCUCUGCGCAUGAACCUUGACCCCUUUGAUACCUACUCUGAUGAGGAAAUGUGGAGUGCUCUAGAGCUGGCUCACCUGAAGAAUUUUGUCUCCAAUCUGCCGGACAAACUCAACUACGAAUGCUCAGAGGGAGGAGAAAACCUCAGUCUGGGGCAGCGGCAGCUCGUGUGCCUGGCUCGGGCCUUACUGAGGAAGACCAAAAUCUUGGUUUUGGACGAAGCGACUGCAGCUGUGGACCUGGAGACCGACACGCUCAUCCAGUCGACCAUCCGCACUCAGUUUGAGGACUGCACUGUGCUGACCAUCGCGCAUCGCCUCAACACUAUUAUGGACUACACCAGAGUGAUUGUAAUGGACAGAGGCCACAUCUCAGAAAUGGACUCCCCUGCCAACCUCAUUGCACAGAGAGGACAGUUUUACCGAAUGUGCAGAGAAGCUGGUCUGGUAUAGAUCUGUGCAGGGUAGCCUUAUAGAGGGCUGAAUACAAAUGCAGGACAUUAUCUGUGUGUCUCAAUGAUACACAGUAAAUACCCGUUUAAAGCUACAAUAUGUGGCAGCUCAAGUCGCCUCUCUGUGAGGGCAUUGUUGAAGAAUCUCAAGUAAACUGCACACAGUCUCUGUGCGAGACAUGCUGUCUGAAUUCAGGAAAAGACCUCUCUGCUGCUGAGAGGAGAGGGUCUACAAGCUAUAAAUACUGUAAAUACUGAAGUGGAGUCCAUUUGUUCCAUGAAAGAAUUAAAGCAAGGGCUGGAAUGAAAGAGUGCCACAUAUUUUCAUUCUCUUUUUUGAAUGGCUGUAAUACUAUUUUUGUAGUUUUUAUAAGUUUUAUGAAGCACAUGGCAUAUUUUAAAUGUUCAUGGUUUAAUGUCUCAGGCUUUUAAUGAUCAUGUUUACUCCUUUAACCUUUUAUAUCCAAAGUAAAUGGUCUUUAAGUGAUUUUAUUGUUGUGUAUUCUUGUCGUAUAAACUGGGACAGGAAACCCUAUGACACACUAACCUUCAGAAGGGUCACCCUGGCAUUUGCAGGGGAAAUGAGGUUUUGAAAAUAUUCAGCUGUAAGUAGCCAAAUCUGAGUUUUUAUAUGUCAGGACAAGAGAGAAAACACUGACAUGAGCCAGCACAUUAGCGAUGGUCCAACUAUGUUGUGGCUCUUGUUUAUUUCUGUCAAAGUAAACACAUAAAGAGGUCCAUACAGACCUUACUGGCUAGAUUCAACCUGACACCGGUAAGAGAAACCACCAUGAAUGAAGAGAAUUCUCUUCAAAACAAUAGUGAUAAAUCUAUCUGUGCACAACUGUCUCCCUGCUUCACCACACGACUCAGGCCAUGCACAAAAUCAGUAUUGUUGUUCUGGUGCUGACAUGACAAACUGUAAAUAUCCCAGACUGACCUUAUCACUUGUCAGCUGAAAACCCGAUGACUUUGAAUGGAAGAGGCAUUCACUGUUUUUGUCUUACUGGUUUAGACAAUAUAUUCACAGAUGAGUGCUAUUUUAUUUAUGUCAUAUUUGGAAAUGUAUUAAGUGUCCUUAAAGUUUUAAGGGUUGUAUUUAUACUUUUUAUAACAAGCGUGUUGAUUUUUCAUUGACCAUUUAUUUUAAAGAACUGUAUUUGCUCAAAAAUAAAAUUCAUUUAUAUAA